AUGCAUUCUGAGUUGGCAACUGAGUUGGGUAAUGUUAGGGUAGAUGAGGUGGAGGUCGAUACAUCUGAUGUGGCACAUGAGGUAGUGGAUGAGUUGGAAACACCAAAUGUAGAUGCUGUUGUUGGGCAAAUGGGACCACCAAACACAUAUACGGAAAAUGUAGUAUAUGGUCUCGAUGAUGUGUUUAUUGGUGAGGAUGAAAUUAGGUUGAUAGUAGAUAAGAAAAUUGAUGAAGAAAACAACAGAGACAUAUACGUUAAUGAUGAUGAACUGGAGUCCGAUGAUGAUUUGGGUGCUUUGAAUGUUGAUGAGGAAGGUAUAGUCAGCUGUGCUACAUUUAAUCCCGAGGUUGAUUUUAAGGGUAAGAUCAAUUUGUCGUUAGGCCUUAAGUUUCCUUCGAUAUAUGUCUUUAGAAAAGCAUUAAGGUACCAUGCUGUUGAAUGUGCUGAGAAUUACAUAGAGGAUUGGAGGGAAAAUCCAAAUUGGGAUUUAAGGGCAUUUAUGAAACGGGUUAACAGAGAGAUAGAUUGUGAAGUGAACUAUUCUAAGUGUUACAUGGCUAAAAGAAUUGCUAAGAAAAUGAUCGUUGGUGAUGCUAAUGAAGAGUAUAGUAGGGUGUGGGAUUAUGCUGAAGCGAUAAGGAGGUUUAACCCAGGAAGCACUGCAAUCGUGAAAUGCAUUGGAAUAGACACACCUCCACCCUUGUUUCAAAGGAUGUAUAUAUGUUUGCCAGCAUGUAAGGAGGGUUUUGUUGCUGGAUGUAGACCUAUUAUAGGUGUGGAUGGGGCACAUUUGAAGGGAGAAUUCCCUGGGGUUUUGCUUACUGCUGUAGGUAAGGAUGGGAACAAUAACAUCUUCCCUGUUGCAUGGGCUGUGGUAGAAACCGAAAAUGUAGAAACCUGGACUUGGUUUCUAAAUCUCCUCGUAGAAGACCUGAAGUCGGUUAGUCCAUCGAGUAGUUGUGCACGAGCUGGAUGUGAAGAUUUUACCUUCAUGAGCGAUAGGCAAAAGGGUUUGAUUGAAGCUUUGAAUUCAGUAGUUCCUGAGGUUGAAAUUAGGUUCUGUUGUAGGCAUAUUUGGGCUAACUUCAAGAUCAAGUUUCCUGGAGAGUUGUACAAACAACACUUUUGGAGAGCAGCAAGAGCUUACAACAAGAUACGGAAUCAUGUGUAG